AAUUUUAAAGCGGAUGAGCUUGCGAAACUAAGAACCACCCUACACUUUCCAGGGACAUGUAAGCUAAGUUUUCAGGACUAGGCCCGAAAACAACCAAAGAUAGAUGGUCACAAAGAGGGGGCUGUAAGCAUUCCAAAACUAUGUGGCCUCAUCUAGACUUGAAGAGGUCUACUGCUUUGCUGUCAUUGGCUAGAACCGAAGUCUCAGUCAUUGUGUCCGUCAUGACGGAAAACAUGCUGACAGACUGAAGGUUGCCAGCAACGACUUUUGCAGAAGCUAUAGGGACAUCGAGGAAGAAGAGACUAUAGAACACCUUCUGUGUGUGUGUCCCGCACUAGCAGUUAGAAGAAGUUCCACUAGGUUCUCAUUUCUUCGAGAACUUGUCUGAUUUAGCGGAUGUGAACAUUCGCAAGUUACUGGGCUUUUUAAAGCGAUCUGGAUGGUUCAACGGUAGGAACUAGAAGGCAUCUUCCUUCUUCUGUUCCAGUGGUAUCACAAUGGACGAAAACGUCUAAGUGAGUCUGAUGGCAGACUGCCACUUAAACCUUUCAUACACAUUCUCCCCACAUGCCACACCAAUUUGCGAUGAAGUCAAAAGUAAAAACAAGGUCCUCAAGUCACUUGCCGGCAGUACUUCGGGUGCUGACAGAGAAACCUUGUUAACUGGUAACCUGGUAAAAAGCAAUUCGCCGGUCUGUGGUAAGUUAUGCAGCGCCAGUGUGUGACGCAGUGGAAUAAUACUCAGAUCUUUCAGAAUGCCGCCCUCCGAACUGCGACGGGCUGUCUCCUCAGUUCUCAUGUGGACCACCUUUAUCAGGAGACAAAGAUCCUACCCGUGCGAAGACAUAACUACAUGCUGUCUAAGCAACACCUCUUGGGCUGUUAUCGCAGACACCAUCCAAAUCAUCAUCUUGUGGAUAAGUAUCCACCGCCCAGAACUCUCAAAGUAGUUCUACAUGAUCUAGAGCGGGACUAGCCAACAUUCAUGCAGGUACGGUAACAGGUGUGGAAAAUAGCUACCGGGUGAAUGUAGUCCUUGGAGAAUGACCGCCUUCCAUUGCACCUGAAGAAAUUGACCUCCACCGGCAAACCAGAUGCAGUCGCCAAAACUCAUACCGGGCAAGGAUUGAUGCCGACGUGCAGGAUGUAUGUCCCGAUUGUGACCAGGGACCACACGUCACCUGUUUAACCUCCCAUCCAGACCCAGAUCCCUCUGGAGGCACCCCAUCUUAGUCGCAGAGUUCCUGGACCUGGAUACUCAACAGAAUCAACCACUUGGUAGACAAUUUUUAACAUGGCAGGAUACCUCGCAAGCAGCAUUAGUAAAGGGAUAACCACCGCUGAGAUUUUUUUCUGAUAUUCAAGCCGGGGUUUGAGCCUACGCGUUCGGCAUCAUAGGCGGACAUGAUAACCUCUGCGCCACGGUAGCCGCCGAAGAAAAGAGAACAGUUAUCAAUUAUUUCAAGAUCGAAAUUACUGAAUCUCCGAGGCCAUAUGGAAAGGACGCAAUUAAUCACCGAGUAUAAAUAUCUUUUUGCAAUAUGCUUGACAAAAUGGUAGCAGAGAUAGAAAAGGAACUUAUUCCUUUUGCAGUUGCCACAAACCACUCGUAAUUAAAGAAGUUCGAUCUUCCAAAACAAAGAUGUUUAAUGUUAUGCAUUUUUUUUUCAAUGUAUUUUGUGUUGACAAGAGCUAUGAAUGAAGUUCGUAUUUUAAAGAUUCUACCUACCUACCUAUGUUUUAUAGUUCAGUUGUCAAACUUUUGAAUUCAAGAAAGAACACAAAAAUUUUUUCAAAAAAGGAAAGAACAAAAGAACCAAAACAAAAACUGAAAAGAAACUCAACAAACAAACAAUAAAAUAUGGAUACAUUCAACCAAUUCGUGGAGUCCGAAUUUGGAGCAACCGAGGAACAUGGGAUUCGUGCAAAUAACAACAUUGACGAUUCUUGUUCUGCGAAUGAGCCCCAUCAAGAACGGCACGGAAGAGAGUCGUUAAAACGUUUUCCUGACCAUCCCGCGGCAAGAAUAGAAACAAAAAACGAAACAAAAAAGGCAACGAGGAAUGUCCUAAAUGAAGUCUUUGAUUGUGAUUGCGGGGCGAAUGGGGACAAUGGUGGAUUGGGAGGAACUAGUUGCGUAGAGGGUAAGUAUUGCAAAAUGUGUUCAAUUCAUUUGUGUUUAAAUAUGUAUCUCGUUUGUAAAAAAAUAAAGAAAAUUUUGUUAAUUUAAAAUAAAAUGUCAUUCUAGAAUAUUUGGGAAACGAGGCUUCUGAGGUACAGGAACAUAAUGCAGUUGGGGGUCAGUUUUGUAAUAUAGCAGGGAAAUUUGGCAAUCCGAAAAGGGAUUUCAGAGAUUGGCAGCAGAGUGAUGGUUGAGCGUGAUGGUUCCUUCAUGAAUUCCGAGCACGAUUCCGAGUCUGAAUAUGAAUCGGCAAUGUAUAUCUCUGAAGAUAAUGCUAACGAUUCUUGCUCCCAAUUCGAGACAUUUCGAACAUGUGAACGAACCACCAGCAAUGCAGAUGAUGAUUGCUUGGAAUUGGUGUACAAUUCGCAUUUUCCUAAUGAUCUGCUGCAAUUAGAGAGCCGAACAUACAACCAACACUUGGAAGUCCAAAGCAACAGUGUUGGACAUGAUAAUUCCUCCAUGGAAUUAUCAGAGUCGGAAUACGAAUCGACAAUCGACUUUCCGGAAGAUUGUGUCAAUAAUUGUUGCUGCCAAUCCGAGACCUAUAGGAUAGGUGACCAAACCACCAAAACGUAUGAUGAUGAGUUGCAAUUGGAUAACAAUGGAGAUGUCCCAAUGAAAUCAAUAUAUCAAAUUACUUCAUAUGAGGAUUUAGACAAUUGUUCUAUCUUUGAAUAUAAAAAUUAUGCGCUGGAAGAUUUUUACAGUGAUCUUUUGAAAUUAGAGAGUUUUAGACAAAGAUGGUACCAGCACAUCAAUGAACAAAGCAAUAGCAUUGGAUAUGAUGACUCUUCCGUGGAAUACGAAUCCGAAACCGAACUAGCAAACGACAUAACUACAAAUGGUGCUAAUAAUUGUUGUUCCCAGUUCGAGACAUAUCGCAAAUGUGAUAUGUCUCGAACAUUAGCUUAUAAUGAAAAUGUUCCAAUGUUACCGGAAUCGGAAUUCGGAAAUAUUUCAUAUUUUCGCACUGAUCUUUUAGAAUUCGAAAACUCUGGGCGGCAAAGAUUGUACCUAUACUUUGAAGACAAAACAAGUUUCUCUGGACAAGAUGAUUCAGAACCAGAGAUAGAUUUUCCAGAAAAUUUAGCUAGCUGCUCUCAAUUUGAAACAUUUCGAAAAUAUGACCAAACCAGUACCAGUUAUGAUGCCAUCGUAUCAGCAUCUAUGAAUGCUUCCAAUAUUGACCACAAAAUUCAUUAUUAUAGCGAUGUCACGGACAAUGGUGAUGAUACCAUGGAAUCGGAAUCAGAUUCCAACAAUGAUAGCCGUCUUAAAUGUGAUUAUGAUGGCGAUAUUGAAGAAUGUGAUGAUGAAGACAACUUUUGA